CAAAAGCCAAACCUCCCAUUUUCUGGACAAAUUCAUCCACCCUUCUAUAACCAUUUCUAGAUUUUCAAUUUGCUAAUCACAUUAGUAAGCUAUUUUCUAUUUAAUCGGUGGAAAAAUUUGAGGAUUUUCGCGCCAAAUUGUACGAUUAGUAUUGGGGAAAAUGGAAUCGAAGCAUGUGGUGAUGUCCGCGCUGGGCGUGGGCAUCGGAGUAGGAGUAGGCCUCGGAUUGGCAUCGGGGUCGAACGCAGUUGGGAAAUGGGCGGGCGGCGGGGCCGAUGCCAACGGAUUGUCGCCGCUGAUUAUGGAGGAGGAGAUGAUAGGGCUCAUCGGUAAUGGAAGGGAUUACAAUGUCACCUUCGAUCAAUUCCCCUACUAUCUAAGUGAACAGACAAGGGUCUUGUUAACAAGUGCUACUUUUGUCCAUUUGAAGAAAUCCCAUUUCUCUAAGCACACACGCAAUCUAGCUCCUGCUAGUCGAGCAAUUUUGCUGUCUGGAACCACAGAAAUGUAUCACCAAACGCUUGCUAAGGCCCUAGCUCACUUUUUUGAGGCCAAGUUGUUGUUGUUAGAUACAUCCGAUUUUUCAUUGAAGAUUCAGAGCAAGUAUGGAUGUUCCAGUGAACCUUCUUUCAAAAGGUCUACAUCUGAAGCAACAUUGAGCCGAAUGUCUGAAUUAUUUGGAUCAUUUGCAAUGCUUCAGCCUAAAGAGGAGAGAAGAGGGACUCUAAGCAGGAAGAGUAGUGGAGUCAAUCUUUCAUCAUAUGGACAGGAAGGCCCUGCUCCAGGAAUGAUGCGCAGGAAUGCAUCUGCCUCAGCAAACAUGAAUAAUCUUGCUUUGAUGGGAAAUUCAGCUCCACCAAAGCGUGCAAGUGGCUGGUGUUUUAGUGAGAAACUUUUUAUACAAACACUUUACAAGGUUCUUACCAAAGUAUCAAACAUCAGUCCCAUUAUACUCUACCUCAGGGAUGUUGAGCCACUAUUGGGUAGAUCCCAGAAACUGUAUACAAUGUUCCAGAAAAUGUUGAAGAAAUUGUCUGGAUCCGUAGUCAUCCUUGGCUCGAGGCUUGUUGACCAAGAAGAUAGCUAUGCAUCAGUUGACGAGAAGAUUUAUUCACUAUUUCCUUAUAACAUCGAAAUUAGGCCCCCGACCGAUGACAAUAUAAACUGGAAGGCUAAGCUGGAGGAGGAUAUGAAGAUGUUCCAAUAUCAGGACAACAAAAAUCAUAUAAGCGAGGUACUUGCUGCUAAUGACAUUUCUUGCGAUGAUUUGGGCUCUGUCUGUAUGGCCGACACAAUGGUUCUUAGCAACUAUAUUGAAGAAAUUGUGGUAUCAGCUAUCUCUCACCAUCUGACAAAUGUCAAGGAACCUGAAUACAGAAAUGGGAAGCUUGUUAUAUCCUCGUCAAGCCUAUCCCAUGGGUUAGGUAUAUUUCAGGGAAGUCAUUAUCAUGGAAAUGAAGCCAUGAAGCUUGAAGCCCACGUAGAACAGCCAAAGGUUACAUUAGAUGGAGUAGCUGCAAUAGCUGCUGCAUCAGUGCCUGAAACAAAAUCACUGACAACUGCACCCGAAAGCAAGAGCGAAGAACUCCCAGCAUCAAAGGCCCCUGAAGUCGCACCGGACAAUGAAUUUGAAAGACUUAUCCGGCCAGAAGUCAUACCUGCGAGUGAACUUGGUGUGACAUUUGCAGAUAUAGGAGCCUUAGAUGAUAUAAAGGAUUCCCUUCAGGAAUUAGUGAUGCUACCACUUAGAAGACCUGACCUUUUUGAAGGUGGCCUUUUGAAACCAUGUAGGGGAAUACUGCUUUUCGGGCCUCCUGGCACGGGGAAGACUAUGCUAGCCAAGGCCAUAGCUAACGAAGCUGGAGCAAGCUUUAUCAAUGUUUCAAUGUCUACUAUAGCUUCCAAGUGGUUUGGUGAAGAUGAAAAGAAAGUUCGAGCACUAUUCACUCUUGCAGGCAAGGUAUCUCCAACCAUAAUUUUCGUGGAUGAAGUUGACAGCAUGCUUGGGCAACGAAACAAAAGUGGGGAACAUGAAGCCAUGCGAAAGAUUAAGAAUGAAUUCAUGACUCAUUGGGAUGGCUUACUGACAAACCCUGGUGAAAGGAUUCUAGUUCUAGCUGCAACCAAUAGGCCAUUCGAUCUCGAUGAAGCAAUCAUCAGGCGCUUUGAGAGAAGAAUUAUGGUUGGUUUACCGUCUGUGGAGAACAGAGAGAAGAUUAUAAGGACGCUAUUGGCAAAGGAUAAAGCAGAAGGAUUGGACUUUACAGAGCUUGCAACAAUGACAGAAGGAUACAGCGGAAGUGAUUUAAAGAACUUGUGUAUAACUGCUGCAUACCGACCUGUUCGCGAGUUAAUAAAGCAAGAAUGUCAGAAAGAGCAGAAGCGUAAAGAUGAGGAAGUGCAGCAGUCUGGUGGGGAGAGGGAAGUCAAUAUCAGGCCAUUGAACAUGCAAGAUUUGAAAGACGCAAAGAAUCAGGUUGCACCUAGCUUUGCAAGUGAAGGGACUAUAAUGUCAGAGUUGAAGCAAUGGAACGAAUUACACGGGGAAGGUGGUACAAGGAAAAAGGAACAACUAUCUUACUUCUUGUAGAAUGCCGGUUGUGUUCUGAGAUCGGCCAACACUCUAUUGUCGUAUUUAUUACUGUAUUAAAUUCAUAGUAGCUUUUAGUGGAAUAUAUUUUGUUAUUGAAGAUGAUUGAAGGAUUCUCCUUCAAUUUGUGCUCCUCGGCUUGUUGUAGUCUAUGUAGUAGUUAGAAAUUCUUAGCUACAGCUUUGGGGAAAUAGAAACCUCUUCAAAAUUUGUUGUUGAUUGUUUGUUAAUAUGUGAGCUCUGCCAAGCUGAAGAUAUCCUACAGCGGUAGAUGUUAUUGUUAGCUGUGUGUUAUAUGUAAAUUGUAAACUAUUAAAAUUAUUAAUAUAUUGAUAUUUUUUAAA